AUAUAGAGAUAUUUUGUAAUUUCAAGUAAGGAAUUUACAUAAAUUAUCAUUUUUAAAAUAAUUGUUUUAGAAAAACUACUAAGUGUAAUCUGGUUUUUUACAAAUGCUAUGUUUGCUUGCUGGCUAUCCUGUACCUAUUACAAUUCAAUAAUGGCAGAUUGUAACCGCUAACCAACAAAAUGUAGCUGUUUCUCGUCAUGGCGGGUUUUACAGAAAUUGAUCGACAAUUAUUUCCUUUGGAAGAUGUUGCUUCCAUAAAGAAGUUAUUUAAACAGCAGUUGGAAGGUACCACUGAACCUGAUCUUGCAUGGUUGUCGAUUAUUGUUGGCGCCGUUGAAAAUUCACUGACAUGCAACAGAACAGUCACCGUGCAAGAUAAAGAAAACAAUGUUGAAGGAUGUGCUAAAAUACCCGCUGUCGAAUAUCACAUCUCACAAGCGCUCUACGCGAAAUUUCACGCCUUGAUAAAAGGUUCUGUAGAUUUGACGCAAUUUGGCACUGGCAAAUACGCCAGUAGGGAACUCGUAAAAAAGGUUUCUGACGUGGUUUGGAACUCCCUGACAAGGAGUUAUUAUAAGGACCGAGCACAUUUGCAAAGUCUGUAUAGCUACCUAACAGGCAACAAACUGGAUUGUUUUGGUGUGGCAUUUGCCGUGGUAGCAGGCUGUCAAGUUCUUGGAUAUGAAGACGUUCACUUAGCUCUCUCUGAAGAUCAUGCCUGGGUUGUGUUUGGAGAAGGUGGCAUGCAGACUGCAGAAGUUACGUGGCAUGGGAAGGGCAACGAGGACAAGCGCGGCCAGCCGGUGGCCUCGGGCGUCGGCUCGCGCUCGUGGCUGUACGUGAACGGCCAGCCCGUGGUGUGCGACCGGCGGAUGGAGGUGGCGGCCCUGGUGUCCAGCAUCAACCCCACCCUCGGCCAGAACGUGGAGGCGGCACAGGUGGCGCUACUGCAGCACGAGCUGCUGUGGCUCAUGUACGACCUCGGCCACCUGGCGCGCUACCCCAUGGCCCUGGGGAACCUGAGCGAGCUGGAGGAGGGCCACCCGACGCCCGGCCGUGUGCCGUGCGCGGCUCUGCUGAGGGAGGCCAUCCAGUCUGCACGCGUGCACUACAACAACCAGCACGUCUACCCCUACACCAACCAGGGCAUGUACCACUUCAAGCACAAGAUGUACAAGGAGGCCUUCGAGAGCUGGGCCAACGCGGGGGACGUCAUCCGCCAGUACAACUACUCCCGGGACGACGAGGAGAUCUACAAGGAGUUCCUGGAGAUCAGCAGCGAGUUGAUCCCGCAGGUGAUGAAGGCGGUGAGCUCCGGUCACAGCGCCCACUCCAUCCUGAAGGACCCCGAGUGCUUCGCGUACCUGCUGAGGUUCUACGACGGCAUCUGCCGGUGGGAGGAGGGCAGCGCCACGCCCGUGCUGCACAUCGGCUGGGCACGGCCGCUCGUCAGCUCCAUCUCCAAGUUCGAGGCGGAGGUGCGGGCCCGGGUGGCCAUCGAGGAGGGCGCCGCCGCGGAGCGCUUCCUCAACAACAACUACCGCGAGGCGGAGCCCCAGGACGACGGGCGGGACCUGCGCCCGAGCCUGGCCGCCCUCGCCGCCGCCUGCUCCGAGAAGAUCCUCAACCCCGACUUCCUGCUGCAGGGCGACGGGGAGCCCUUCGUGGGCAACGACUCGCAGGGGCCCCGGCCGGGCUCCCCGGGGACCUCCAAGCAGCCGGACGAGACGCCGACCCCCCGCCUGCAGGUCACGCUCCGCAGCCACAAGAUGAAGGGCCUGCGACAGCUGCUGCUGGCGGAGAAGCUGAACGUCGGGGCCAUGUCGCUGCAGCUGACGGCACAGUCGCAGGUCCACGUGGGCAAGAAGCAGCGGCCGGGCGUCCCCGACGGGCCCGAGCUGGGUCCCAGGCCGAAGCGCUCCCGGCGUGAGUAGACGCCCCCCAUCCACGUGCUCGUGGCUUCUACAGGGAAUCGAGGCAAAUGACGCUUUUCUUUUUAUAUUUUACUAUCCUUCUCUGUAUAGCAACUCAAGUUUUUAUAAUAAAAUCAAAUCUGUAAUUUAUAUAUGUUUUUAAAUUGUGUGUUUAUGUUGUGUGCAUUUUAAUUGAUUUCUUAAGUGUUUCUGACCGAUGUUAUUUUAAUUUUUCUUUCCAUGCUGCUCAUUUUGCCUCGCUUUUCUUGGAGUUCACGAAAACAGUUCUAUAAACAAGUUUUUCUCAUAUCGUGAUAUUGUUUUACUAGUUGAGAAAAUUAGAUAUAUACUAAACGAGUACAAAUUUUAAUUCUUUUCUUCUUCAUCCCAUUGUAUAAAAAUAAAGAGAAAUUUAUUCACUAUAUAUGUAACAAAGAAUGUUUGUUCUAUAUAUAUAUAUUUUGUUAUCUUUGAGAAAGAUGAUAAAAUCUUUAUGUAUUUGAGUGAAGCAUAGCUUACUUGAAUGUUUUGAGUGGUUUUUCAAAAAUGCAAUUACAUAUUGAUAUACCUAUUGUACUGCGUACUGAUUGUCCAUUGUGUCUGUUGGAUGAUGUGAGAAGUGUUAUAUGGUGGCAGUGUUGCUUUUUAACUAUAUUUGUUCAUCUUAAGUAAUGUGUUGUUUGUUGUUUGAGAGAAGAAUUAUUAGUGAAGUUGUACUAUAGCUUUGUACAUUAUGAUAUUAUGACUACAAGUUUCUUGUAGCGUUAAGGAGUUUUAACAGUAUUAAAUUUUAGGGCUGACUAAAGUCAUUUGCAUUGUUAUGUUUUUGUUAAAAACUAUCAUUCAUUAAAUUUUAAGUUUGACUGUUGCCAAGCAUUGGUCUUUAAAUUAUAGUUAUGAAAGAGUAAGUAAAUAGGCAAGUUUUGUACAUGUAAUCAUACUACAUACUAUGAUUACUUGUGACAUGUUUUUGGUUUGUUUUUACUGUAACUUUUAGGAAAGGUUUUCUUUUAUAAUAGAUUGAUUAGUAUUUGCAACAAAAAUGUAGGAUUUGUGAUUGAUGGAUCAAACUGUCUUUGUUCCCACCAAUUUAUUUUGUUGUGAAUAAGACUGAAAAAAUUGAAAUUUAAAACUGAUUCAGAUUUAAAAAAAUAUUUUGUGCUAGACUACAGGAACCACCUUAAAUUCAAAAUAUAUUUUAAGUAAAAGACAAUUUCAAAUGCAAGAUAUCAAAUACAAGGUGAUAUUGAAUGUGUGAUGUAAUAAUUUUGGAAUAAAGUUUCAAAAUUUUUAUGCUUUUCUUCACUUGUAUUGUGUUAACUGGUAGCAUUUAAGUCUUUUUAACGUGGCAGUCGGGACAUUUAUUUGAUUGUGGCAAUUUUAAUAGUUUCUUCUACAUGUAACACCUCAUCAAAUAAACUUGGUAAUUGAUUAUUCUGUUGCUCUAGUACUCUAUUGAUCUCAAGAGGAGCUAGUUUAACACCGGACUUCCUGACUGAUCGACUACAGUGCACUGUGUAUGCUGUCUUUCUCUUUUGAGAAUCUCAGAAAUUAAAUAAAUUUGAAUAAGAAAAUAUAAUUUCAAAUAAUUUUAUGUUAAACAAUUAGAAAAAAUAUUACAAAUUGUUAAGGGUCUUCUUUUUGCAGCUCAGAUUUACCAAUAUGCAAACAGAUCCUGUUCGACACAAGCUGUUGCUCUGGCUACUUGUGAUGAAACUCGUAUAUUGUCAAUGAGGCUUUUUAAAUCAAUGAUGAUAUUUUUUGAUCUAAUUGGUCAUAAAUAAAAGUUUUUUUUCGUUAGCCAACCAUAAGUAUUUUAUCGUUUCGGGGGGAAAAAAAAUGCAUCAUGAAAAUAAUAUAUAUAUUGGAAAAUAUAUAUACAUAUUGAAAAAAGUAUCGAUGAUUGAGAGUACCUUCAGUCAGAUUAGUUGUCGGUAUAACACUAGACCUAGCCCAUCACUAUUGUGGAGUGUGUUUUAGUUAAUUUAUGUCUUAGAUUAAAAAAAAAUAGAAUUUGAUUAACUUAGCUUAAUGUAUGAUAGCUUUAUUAUUAACCUUUUUUUAAUGACUUUAUUUUGAAAUGCAAUACUGUAUGACUAUACUGAUACUUACAAAUGUGAUAUAUUAAUUUUAAACUUGUUUAUCCAGAGGUAAUUACAGUGGGAUCUUGUUAGCUAAAAUUUCUCGGGACUUAAAAUUUUAAUUUUGAAUUAUAUAAUUUUGAACUACUUGCAUGAAUUGUUUUAAAGGAAUUUGUUUUGAUCACUUUCUUUAGAAAUAACUUGUGCUUUUCUUUGCUACAAAACCCACUUCUAAUUUAACACAACAGGAAUCUUGUAAUAAUAUUAACAUUUUUAUAAUAAUUAAUUAGUGAUGUUAAAGGGGAGAGGAAGAAACCUCGAUAUGUCAUGUUGUAUUCAACUAGUUUUUGGUUAAGGAAAUUAAUUGUAGUGUAUCAUUGAUAAUUUGUCCUUAUUAAGACAGUGUAAAAUUAUAUGUAAUGCCUAAAGUCAAACUGAUUGGCUGCAACUAAGUAGUCUGUUAAACAUUUGAGGUUUCAGAAUUUUACACAUUUUGAAGAAUGACCACAACUGUACAAGUAUUACAUUAGUUUCUCGUUUAAAACUGAGCUUCCAUUAACUGAGGUCAGUUUUAUCUGAACUGACCUAAAGUGCCAUUCCCAGCAAAGACUGUUGAAACAUUUCUUUCAGGACCUAGAUAAUAAUUUAAUUGUUAUCGAAAGCCUUAAUGAAAUUAACGUCGGUGAUACAAUUUACUGGUUAAGCAAAUUAUGAGGUGACAUGAAAGAAUUUACAUAGAAGAGAAGCUGGUAAGAUAUCACCUUGAAAAAUGAUACCACUGUGCCAACUGAAAACCAAGACUAUUUUCUUAUUCGAUCCCUGAUAUCCGAGUUUUGGUUUAUCAUAGGUUCCUGAGGUCCACACUAACUCCCUACCUUAGCGAAAGCAAAUUUUCCAUACUGAACGAGAUAAAAACUUAUGACAUACCGUAAUCACUUGAAUAUAAGGCGAAGAAUCUUACCAAACCGUUGAAAAUUGAAGUGCAAACUUGUACCUUGGUAUGGAACAGCUUAGUUGGAAAAAUUCAGGCUCGGCAUGUGAACUGUGUCAGUAAUGCCCCUUCAGUCCGGAGUUUCCUGAGCUUCUGCAUAGGUGUGACGAAUGAGAGGAUAACACUUGGAAUGUGGGGUGAAGGAGAGAACGCAACUGGAAUUAGACCAGGGUUCCGUCCUCUUUGCUUCACUGUGGCUGCUGGCGAAGGCACCCCUUUUCCCCCCUCUUCACUCUCUCAUGGCAACCACGUUGUUUCCUUUAUGAAGGACUUCUUUUGUACUGCAGUUUUAAAAAACAACAUUUUCUCUACCUGCAGCUUGGUGUUUCAAUAGAGGCUGUGUAUGUCACCCUACUGAUGAAAGUGGCAUCAGAAUAAAUUUACCAAAUAUAAAAUAAAUUCACUGAUUGAAAUAAUUUUAAAGUGCUAUUUACUUGAAUUGGGAUUUCCGCACCAUAAAGUCUUUUUCGUAAACUCACAGUCAAAAAGUUUGGCGUCGCAUCAUAUUAAGAGACGCGUUGCUUAUGUUAUGUACGCGGUAAUGACGUUUGAAUGCCUAAUGGCUUAAGUUACAUCACUUACUUAUUUCUGCUUCACGCUUGCCUUGAGUGCAGUUUUGCAUUAUCUUAUUACACUGUCCUUUACUCACCAGAAUCGCCUCUUCACUUGCAGAUCCAUAAAGGAGUAUUUUUCAUGGUACUUGGUAAUGUAAGUUUUCAGACAUUUAGUUGGUACUAAAAAAAUAGAACUUAACCUGCAGUUUAUUUUACUACUGGUUAAAAUGUGGUCCCUUAUCCGUGUAGAUGACAGCUGCAUGGGCACCUGUCUCUUACAAUGAUUUUAUGUUAAGAGGGGUUUUGUUGGUUUGAGAUUGGGCUGGUGGGAGACAUUCCUUUCUCAUGCCUUUACAGCUGUUCAAAGAAUAUGACACUUCAAUUUUUCUUGUAUAUUUCUCCAAAAAAAUUUUUAAUUUUGACUGUGAUACAAUGCAAUUUAACGAUAAAAUAAUUUCUCAUCAGCAUGCGUAGUACAGAAUUAUACAGAAUAAUAAAAAUAAAUUGGCAAAAAUCUAUGUGUUUGAAAAGUGCAUUAUCAGUAAUGUAAAAAUGAGUUGAUAAGAGAUUCAAGAUCAUACUAAGUAAAAUUAUUUUUCCUAGCCAUUUGGUCUAUACUUUUUAAUAUAAUUUCAUGAUAAGUAAAUGGCAUUCUUAGAAUUUAAUACAUCAAAAAAGAUUUUUUUAAAUGAUUUGAGUAAUGUUUUGAUAUAACGUUGACCAGUUCAAUGGAUUAUAAGCAUUUAGGUGUUAUGUGGUGUAUUGAAAAGCCUUACUGUGUUAUUUCGGUUUCAUCUCAACUCACCGGAAACUCGUCCGUACUUGUCAGGAAUGUUAUGUGUGAAGGAGAAAGAAAAGACAAAUACCAACCUCACUCCGUCAAGGUUAUGAAUGUAUUAGUUUGUUAUAAUUAAGUAGCACAUUUUCAGAAAACAGGAAUCGAGUUCAUUUACAAUUUUGGUGCAACAGAGUAGUAAUAUUUUAAUCAUAUUUGCAUUUUAGUAUGGAUUAUUAUUUUGCUUUUCAGUUUUAAAUUUCUGGCAUUUAAUAAACUUCCACUUAGUCGUUUAAUAGCUCAUUCAACUAUUAUUUCAAAUAAUUUUAUAGACAUUUUCUUGCAGUCAGCUAGCAUAAGUACCUAAUCAUUGAGGCAAAGUAUUUCUCCAUUUGAUUAGCUUCCAAAGUUCUUGCUUAGAUUUUACUUGCCUGACAGCAAGCGGGCCUAAAUUGACUUCCCAGAAUUCCCGCUGCGUCAUUGCAUUCUCUGCGAUUUGAUCUUUGGGAAAAAUGCAUGUGCUAGUUAGUAAUUAUGCCCCAUUUAACAAGUAUGCAUAAUCUAUGCUUUCUUUUUUUCAAGAAUAACUGUGUAUUUCACUAACAGGGGUUGCAGACAUUGUGAGCCAAUUUUAUUCCCGUUGCUGUAGUCAUAUGUUAUGCCUUGUCAACCUCUACAGCUCGCCAUUCAUACGAACUUACUUUAAAAGUUCAUAUGUUAAUUUGUUAAUUACAAAUGAAUUGGAACUUUAUAUAAACUCUGUGUUCAUUUUUUACUUUUUACUGUUUUCAACUGUCACGGGUCUGUAAUAAUAAAGCCUUCAGUCUUUGGGAAACACCAUGAAUGGCUGGACAGGAUAGUUUGUCAAUAAAUCGCAUCAAGUAAAAAAAAAAAAUUAUGAUGCUGUCAUUAUAACAUAGAUAAAUUUUUAGAGAACUUAAAGAUCAUGUCCAAACUUAAAAUCAUGCAUAAAUUGUAUGUGUGUACGUAGAUAAUUCAAAAUUAUGUAAUCCGAAGUUACAAAGUUUGGUCCCAAGCGUUUUUAAUUAAUGAGAUUUUACUGUAUUGGUGAAAAUUAUAAACAAUUGAAGCAUUUUAUAUUUUAAUUUUAUUUAUAUAUUAAUGUUAAACUAUGUUAAAAUACAAAUAUGUAUUUCCAUGGAGUUUCUGUCACAGUAUGUGAAGUCAUAUUGUUAUUUUUCUUAAUUUUCUGCAAAACUUGCCUGAAGUGCUGUGUUAUUUUGCAUUAUAAUGUAGGGUUUUCCUGUGUCUAUUUGUCUUGAUAUGUUGUACAUGAUUUAGACUCCUUUUUAAAAUCAGCAUUAGUAUUUUAUUUUGUUAGUUGAUAGUAAGGAAAGUCAGCUUUGGUUUUGAGAAAGUAAGUAUUUUUAAUGAAAAUUUUUUAGUUUCGCCAUACUUUUAUUUAAAACCUAUUUCGGUUCAAGAUUGUUUUUAGGGCAAACAUUUUUUGUGCACUGUUUAACAUACUACAGAUAAUUUUAAGGUAUGUGUUUAAAACCGAAUACGGGUUUCACAGACUCAUCGACUUAGUAACCUUGUUAUUGUUGCAUUUGAAAUAAGCUUUUUUUCCCCCAAGUUAGAUCUAUGAUAUAUCGCUUUAUAUUUAGAAGAAACGUGUGAUGGGUGAGUUGGAGUAUAAAAUAUUUGUGCUGGAUUUGACAGUUAUUUUAAGUGUAUAAGCUAUGGAAAGAUAACUAUUUUUAUGUAAUAUUGCAGUUGGAAAUUUAUUUUAAAUGUUGCAGUGUAUUAUUAAAUGCAUGCUACGAUGGAAUAUCGUUGUGUGUGUAUUUUUUAUUUUUAUCUUGAAGGUAGUCUGAUUAAGAAAUUUUUAAACAGAUUAGGAAAACCUAGCAUACAGUUAGUGAGAGAAUAUUUUUGCUAAAUGGGCUGUCUGAUAAUUUUUAAUGGUAAACAUUGCAUACAGUUAAUAUGGAAUAGUUGUCUGUAAUCUGUUAGAGUUAUGUGUUGUAAUGUCUUAGAAAUGUAUGCUUGGUGAAUUUUUUUUCUUUUCUUUUAUUUGCAAGCUAGAAGCUAAUACAUAAUUAUUAUGGAACACAUUAUAACUUCUGCAUUUUUGCAUGAAAGUUGGUUAGUUUAAAAUUGAAAGUUAAGGUUAUUGCAGUUGAUAAAGGUGUUUGGAAGAAGUAGAAUGUGUAAUGAUCUACUAAAAGUUAGCCUAUGACUUGUGUACACUCUUCCUCUAAGUUAAAUUUUGGGACCUUACCGGUAUUCAGUUGUUACAUUCUGAUAAUGAAGUCUGUUCCUAUUUUGUCAUAAUUUGGACUGUGUUUGUUUUUUAAAUUUGAUAUACUACAAUUUGGGUAUGUAAUUUUUGAUUUCAAUACAGGUCAUCUUUUGAAAACACUAAUAUUAUUAAAAUGUAUGAAAUUUAAAUUUAGUGUUGAAUACUUAAGAGUUCUUUUGUUUAAAAUCACUUUAAAUAUAAUUGAAAAAAUAUACUUACAAUAUAUUUCUCCACUCCCAAAGAUUGAAACUGAAAAAUCAGCAAGAUUAUUAGUUCUCAAAACCUUGGAGGAAGAAAAAAGAAAAGAAUAAAAAAAAAUCUAAUCUGAAAAGAAAAAAAAAUUAAUGAAAUCUUAAUUAAGCAGUCACCAAUUUUACAAAGCAUUAGUUCUAGUAAAUUUUGCUUUUUAAAUUGUGAGGAAGGAUCCAUUCUCAUCAUUUCCAUGCUAUCAUAUCAAUAUAAUUGAAGCCACAGAGGGCUAUAAAAUAUUUUUUUUUCUGUUUAACUCUGACAAAAGUACAUUUAGUAGUUUACUAAUCUAUUCUAUUAGAUUAUAUCUUUACUAAAUAAUAUAAUUAUGUAGUUCUUAUUCUGAAUGCAUAACUUUAUAAGAAUCGUAAGGGUGACAAAUCUUUUUCCAUUAGAGAAUUGUGUGUAUUGUAUGUUUGAGAAACUUAAUGUACCCAUGAGGAGUGGUAAUAUUUUCUGGUGAAAGAUAGGUAGUAUUGGGCUCUUUUUAAAGUUGAUUGUCUUUAUGAACUGUUUUUAGUUUUUCGUGUAAAAAUGUUCAGCUUUGAAAAGAUUUCAAAGAAGCCAAAUUAGAGUUUUUGUUUUCAACCCAGUUAAAUGUAAGGGCUAUGAGCAUUGAGUCUGUAUUCAAGUGAUUCACAUUACACACUUAUCAGCUUCCACUCUUUUUGUGUCCUAGACGUUCUGUGUGACGUAAUACUAAACCUUGUCUUGAACUUGGUCGUGUGCCCUACAGGAAGUACUGUCUUGCAGCAACUUUUUGACUGAUACUUACCACUUAGAACGGAUAAAAAUGUUUGCCGAAAAUAAAUCAUUAUUCCAGUUUCAGUACCAAAUACUGGAAACUUAUUUCCAAAUUUGGGUAGGAUGUGAGAAAUUUACACAGAGAGAGAAAGUAGGCCCCAAACUGGGUGUAAACCGCAGCCUAAGUUAAAAUUUGUAAGUUAUGGGCGGGGAUGGUUUCCUAAGGUUUAUUAAAAAUGUAUUUGUGUCAGUGCGAACACAUUUCUGUAGGAUUAUGUGUAUGUGUUUUAUUUUUAUUUUUAGUAAGUACUUGUUAAACACAGGAACUGUACAGUCAUACAGCAAACUUCUGAUAGCCUGGAAUUUAACAUUCUGGAAUGUCUGAUGUCUGGCACCAGCAAGACACCUAUAAUUUUUAGCUAAGCCAAAAAUGCUUUUACAGUACGCACAUAAGUACAAUUAAAAUUUAGUUUUGGCCUACAUUUGUGUUGCAAUGUUAUGUCCUAUGUUUCUGAUAAAGCAAUAUUUGCUGCUAAACAACAUCUUUAGCAAUAUAGGGAGGUACCACCCGAUGAUCCGUCAUUUUCGGUAAUAUGGUACCUGCAAAGUCCCAAACAUGUAGAAUUAUCGGAAGUCUACUGUAAAUGAAAUUCGAGUUGACUUGCAUCAUUAAAUAAUGUUAGAAUUAGGCCAAAAUACAAUCAUGUUGUGUAUCCUCACAGUUUUUAAAUCUAGCAUCAUAAAGUUUAUGUUUAAAACAAGUAAUAUAAACUAUAGUAUUCUCAAACUAAUUAAAUUGUUAUAUUUGGAGAACAGUAUCACCGUUUGUUUCAAAUGUUUAUAACGACUAUGAUAUACUUUUUUUCAUCAAGUUGAAACUAAAGUAUUAAUUAAGAUUUGUAUAAUUUCACUGUACAGUAUUUAAUUUAUUUUGCUUGGUUCUUUCCUGUUUCUACUGAGGAAUGAUUCAUAAUUUCUUGUAAACUUAGGAAAAACACUGACAUGUGUUUGUUUUUGGAUUGCAGUAAGUCAGUAAUUUUUUUUUUGAAACUGGAAUGUUGCUGUAACUUAAUUUUUAUUAGGAAAAUAAUUUUUUUUUUUACUGUUUACAAAGUAGAGGUUCAUUGCAUAAUUUAAAAUUUUUAUUUGUCACGUGUGUUUUUAUAUGAUUGAAGACAAAGUGGUCAAUGUUAGAAAUUAAAUUUUUCAUGGUUAUGUAAACAUAAAAUAUUUCUUAAAUUUAAAGCUGGUCUCAACUUUUCAACUUACACCUCUAACUUAACCAACAGGGUUCUCAUGUUGUAACCGAUGCCAUACUAGGUGAGUUCUAAUUGUGUUUAUAAGUGCUAAUAACAUUGACAGUGUAUGGAUAUACAUUCAGGAAUGUGCUUGUGACAAAAUAAAUUAUAUAUUUUUGGGAUGUUGUGUUGCUGAAAUUUCAUAUUGUUUGCUGGAAAAUUUAAUUUUAGGCCGUCUCCUUUAAUAUCUUACAAAAUUUACUUUUGUGUAUGAUUGCACAUUUUAAAGUUUUGUUUACUUCUUGUAAGUAGGUACUUUUUUUUAGGUAGACGUUUCCAUGGUGCGACUUUUGUAAAAAUUUUAUAUAGUUUUUCUUUUCAUGGUCCAUAGACCCCAAAACCAUCAAGUCAAAAGUUAAUAUAUCACAAUUUUGUGGACACGAUAACUGCCGCAAUUUUUCACAAAAUCACUUCCAAACUGAUAUAUAAAAUCUAAUAGUGGUAAAUCUCGGUCGAGUUUGUUAAUGGGUAAUAUUCAACCAAAGGGGUAGAAAUGGGGAAAAUGAAAUGAAAAUGAACUGUUUUUUUUUUUUAAAAACAGAAAAAUCACACUAUAACUUCCAUAAUAUGGAAAAUAUUGCAUCUGUUUGAACGUAUUAUAACUUGGAGUAAUAUCAAAAUCUUUUGUCUGAAUUCUUUUUGAUAUGACCAACCAUAACCGCAAGGGGUUGAAAAUACAUGGGUUGGAGGACAAAAAAAAAACUCACUUCGUAGGCAAAACAUGGAAUUCCUGCAAAUUGUGUAUUAAUCUUAUAAUUUUUACCUAAAACUUGUGUCUGAAACAAUUUUUGAUAAUACAAACCAUUACCUCAAGGGGUGGAAAUAACAAGGGUAGAAAGACAAUAUCAUUACCUACUUUUUUUGUAAUAGUUAUACUAUAAAAUCCUUAUAAUUUAUUAUAAUUUGCCUAAACUUUAUCUAAAACCUUUGGCUGAAACAAUUUUUGAUGAACCAAACUGUUACCUUAAAAAUGGGUUGAAAUUAAAAACAUUAAAACUUUGAUGGUAUCAAAUUCAUCAGUAUUUAUUAAUAAUGAUCUUAAUUUUACUUUAAACAUCUGUCCAAAAAAAUUUAUAUGAUCACGUAUUAGUGCAAAGGAUGAAAAAUAGUGUUUGAAGAUAAAAAAAAAUAACUGCAUAACUAUGUUAGUAGGCAUAAUGUGAAAUUUGCUAAGACAUUCAAUGCUGGAUGCAUUAAUUUAAAAACAUUCAAACUAUUUUUGCUGCAUAAAAUAAGAGAAAUGUUACAUCAAUCUUUUAUGAAUAUUGGCGAACAUAUUGGAUGUUAUGUAGGCUACAUUAAGUUCUUAAAAUGUUCCAAGAUUUAAUAUAAGUUUCCAAAAUAUUUCCAGAAGAAAUAGAUACUUCGAAAUCUACCUAUGCCCGUAGACUGUGCCAAAUGGGAUUUUUUUUAUUUAUGAAUUAGCAUAGAGGUUCUAUAUUGGUAUUUUGUGUCUGUUUCUUUAACUAGCUGAAACUGGAUAAAAUUUACUGUGUUGAGUGAAACAAAAUUUGGAUGAAUCAUAAAUGUUUAACAGAAGUAAGAAGUACCUUUAUAGGUUAACCAUGUGAGUUUUGAGUUUAACUGGUGUGGUAAAAAAUAGGAUAGGCUAUUUCUCAGCUUAUAGCUAAGCGUACAACUUCCGUUGACUUUUUCUGCAGAAUGUAUUACUUGCUUAAAAAUUUUUCUUUAAAGUCACGUAAGUUACAUUUUAAAAGUAUAUGCUCAACCAACAUUUGCAUUUGCAAAGUGCUUAUCAUUCCUCUUUAUCGAACGAUGCCGCCUAACUGUAAAGCUAAUGAGAUGUUAUUUAGGCUGUUUCGUUAGCUAAGCGACAAUAUUCAAACAGUUGAGUGCUUUCAACCUGGAUCUGGUUUGUUCACCACCUUAGUUAGGGAGGUGUUAUACUGGUUGAAUUUUCCAGACAUACAAUUUCAAAAUGCAAGCCAGAGUGCCAAAAGAAACAGCUUUGUCUCUGUUGUAAAAGUUUUCUGCCGCACUUGACAUUGUGUGGCAAUAUCUUACCGCAUUGGCUACUGCGUCCCUCUCCCUUCCCACCCGCUUGUCAUGUGAGUGACAGUGACAUGGUGCUGAGGCUCACGGAGAGCAUGUUGUGCCGUCACCCAGGGGCGAGUCAGUCCUGAUGUGACACUCGAAGAGCUUGACCCGUAGGGCUGUCUGUUAGCGACGCUCGACGGUGAAGAGCGAGCCGUCAUCAGUGACAACUGUGAAGAUGGAUGAGGCAUCCAGGUCUCAGCCAACUUUUGUUGCUUGCUAAGCCAGAGGAAGCUUAGGCUUUCAGUGUACCUGUAAUAGCAAACAAACAAUAAUGGAAAGUUUUUUUAUUUCUGCGGCCAAUUAGAUGCUUAGUGCUUUAUUCUGCAUGUAUUAAGAAAACAAAUUUAGUCCUUUUUCCUCACACUGGCAUAAUCUCUUCUGCUAGCUUGGGAAGUACUGUAUUCACCGUAGCCAGGUGUUUUAAACUUUUUUUUUGCAGAGAAAGGUAAUUUAUAGUUACGUGAAUCUUAUCAGGAAAUGAGGUAGUAUCGUGUCUGUAUCUUUGUCUAUUAAGGUGUGUCCACUCCUCACUCGUUUGUGCAUUAUUUUCAAGCAGCAUGGAAAUGGGCUUGUAGCUGUUAGUAAGUUGUAAUAUUUGAUUGUUGAACAAUUUUUAAGGCUGCAGAGAAGUUUUAGAAAUUUUUGUGUUAUGAAUACUAAUAACAGUGAGGGAUUUGGAACAAAUUAUUUGUCUCCUUACUUUAUUUUUUCAUCUGCGCUAGAUGACACAAACCCAAUAUGAAAUAAAUUUGUCUAACCUUUGUUAGUCUCGUCUUCUUUUUAAAAGCUUUUUUUCCGCUUUUGAGCACCUGAUUUAUGUCGGUAUUCCAUAAUUUCCUUGUGACUUGCUUUUUAAAUAAAUAGAUAAAAAAAAAAAGAUGCAAGUAUCGAUGAGCUUAACAAAAAAUACGAAAACGAAUUCAUGGUUUCUAUUGAUACAAUACUUGGUUACUCUGUGAUUUGACGAUUGUGAAACCAUUAUGUAUAGCAGAGAACUGAUUGCCAAGUUCACAUUGUGUUUUAGUUUUAAAAUAGUGUAUAAAAAUAAAUAGAAUUUGAAAUGUACUUGUACAUAGUAGAGAUUUUUUAAAUCAAGCAUUCAACUGUAGAAUUGGCAUGUUUGUAUGUUGCGCAUGGUUGCGAACUGGUUUACACAAUGGCUUUCUUGAGUCUCAGUGUACAUAGUUACAUUGGGGUACGUUGUCAGUUAGUGCACCACUUGAAAAAUAACUUGGGAUUAGGGUGUUUUUAAAUUGGUGGUUCGCCUACAAUGCAUGUUUGGAUUAUGCAAUAACGUGUGGCUUUUGUCAUAUUUUCCUCAAAACGAGUUAAAGGAGUGUGUUGAAUUUUUUGGUGAGAAUUGGCACUUUUUUCUUUGGGAAAAUGUUAACAACUGUGAUUGGUUGCUGGCUAAAAAGGAAAUAAAGAGGUUAAUUUUUUACUUGUAUAUUAUAGUAGUUCCAAAGGUUCAGCAACUAUUUGCAUAAGUUAUUUUUAGUUUCCUAUUAAUUUUACAUCUGUGGAAAUAGAUUACUGUGUUAGAGGUCAGUGUUUGUGAAUAUACCUCUGUGUAAAAUGCUGUGCUGUUUUUAUAGUACGGUGUUGAGUAUUUUUCUUGGUUUUGUCCUACAAGGUAUGGUGUUUUGCGUAGACUAGCAAGCAUUGUAGAAUAGCUGUUUUAUUGUUGUAUGCUGUAAGGACUUAGGACUCAAAAAAGUUAUAAAUCUUAAAGAAGUUAUCAAACAUUUAAAAUGUACUGUAUUGAUAUUUAGUCGUGUUAGAAAGCAACGUCCCGCUGUUAGGUGGCAUUGUAAAGUAGCUGUGUAAUGAUAAGUUUGGGCCAUUUUGAGACUGUGAUUUUGCGAGUGACUGCAAAAAUAAAGUAUUUUUGUAUGGGUUAAAAAAAUGAAGUCGCUCUCAAAUUGUAGUAGGUUAAGAGGUAAUUUGUUGUCUUUAAUGGAUAAGAGAAUGUAAUUUAAAAAUGAAAGUAAAAAAAAUAAAUAAAAAAAUACCAUGUGGCGUGUGAUCAAGAGCCAAGCUUGGUCAGUGGCGAUUUAUAAAAUUCUCUCUUUGCUUUUUUUUAUGUGCUAUGAAUUGUACUGAACCUCUUGCCAGUAAAUGUUUUCCCACCAGAGGUUCUUUGAGAUUUUUUUUUCCUUGAAAAUAAUGGUGUUAGCACAGUUGUCUUAUUGCUGCACUUUUCUUAAAAUAAAAUAUGUAACCUUUGGCUAAAUUAAUUUUAAAAAUGAAAUAUUGUGUACUCGGACUUUCAUGAGACCCAUGGUCCUUUUAUCAGUUAAUAAAGUAACUUGUAACCUUUAUUUUAUGCAUAUGUACUUCAUGUGCUGCAAAAUAUUGUAAACCAAGUAAAAAAAUUAUAUGUAUUUACGGUCGCUGCUCUGUAAUCCAAUAUUCUUCGCUUUGGCCCAUUCUGUGAUCCGCUAGCAAUGGACCCGCUCGCUUUCAGAAUUAUUUGGAGGUUUCAAACAUUUUGUGAUGAACGCAAUGUGAUAUCAGAAUUUUUGAUUGAUGUGUAGCAUCUUAGCUCUCGGUAUACGGCAUUUGGUAGGAGUAAUUUUGUGAAUGGAUCAGAAGUUGCAUGGAAUGGAAAUGUUUUAUUGUGCUGCCAUCUGUGGCGGAUGGCGCUAGUUAAAGCUCACAAAUCCGAAGGGAAACUUUAUAUUAUAAACUUUUUAGUGAAUUUUAACAAAAUAGGUAGCUUUUCAAUAAAAUUCCUGGUCGAAAAUCAGGUCCAAAGCCAGGUUAAAAAUUUUUUCAAGUCUUUUCACUUUUUUUGGGGGCCGUUUAAUUAUAUAGUUUAAAAUUUCGGUCUGGUUCAGUAGUUCACUUAAAUGCUCCAGCAAGGAAUUCUAGCAGCGGGUGGGGAAACUACGUGUGAUCUACAACAAUAAAUGUAGUUGAAAACACAAUUUGCAUAUAUGUAUAUUCAUCAUGCUCGGCAUUAUAUUUUUAAUGUAUACAAUUGGGUAAAUUACGUGUCCUAGUUUCACAUUAUAAGUAUGUUUGCAACACGAGAACACAUUAAUUUGCUGUUACCGAGGCUAGAUGUUGCACAUGUCUGGCGAGUACUGAGAAACUCGCUCAUAUGUUUUUUUUAAUAAGUAACACAAAUGUUUUUUUUCCCCUUGCGGUAGACUAGCUUAUUAAAACUUGUUUUGAAUAUCAUCGUACUUUAUUAAUUUUUCUUUGGAACUCUUUCCUUUAAAAUUGUAUUGACUUUUGAUAAUCCAUCAUGGUAGACUUAUUGAAUAUGAAUGGAUUUGUAACUGACUUUUAUUUUUGUGGAAGUGUGCAGCAUAUAAGACAUGCAUCAAAUUUCAUAUUUGGUGGUUUUAAUUGUUUACUGAGUCAGUGUGAGAAAUAAAUAAUGCCUGUAAAUAAUUAUGUACUGUAGUAUACGAGAACACUAAUUAUAAUUUGUUAUAUUACUAAUGGUUAGUGCCUGCAAUUUGACAUCUGCUUAAUUUUUUGUUUCGUUUUAAAACUAUUUUACUGGUUUGUUGCCCACUGAUGUUCUUUUAUUGAUUGUAUGAGGAAGAAAUUCAAGUUUAUUAUUACAGCUGUUUGUCUGAUUCCACAAUAUUGUUGUAAAUUUUAUAGAUGUAUUAGGAAAAAAUGAGAUUCAUGUUGCAAGUACUAAUUUUCAUAAUACAUUUUGAAAAAGGGCGAAGUGAUUAAUUACUUUUUCGAAAUGUUUGCUUGAGCAGUUAUAUACCUACCACACAUUUCAAAAUGAGAUUUUGGUUUUCUGUGGAGGUGUUAGUGGCAGUUUGUUGUUGCUUGUUUUACAAUUAAAGGAAAUACAGUGAAUGGUAGUAAACAGUAAUUAGAAGAGUUCACAUACAUAUGUUUAAAAUUAAACUAUAUUCUAUUACAAUAUUACAGUUUUUUGUCGGUAGUAACGGCUCUAGUUGAAAUACAAUCAAUACAAUUUAAAUGCUUAAAUAUUCUACUUGCUUUGCCUGUGGCAUACCAGAGUACUUUCAUGAUUUAAUAAAACAUUUAAAUAGUGGCUGGAGUUUUAAGGUUAUGUUGCAGUUGCUAACUUACCACCUGCUUACACUAAUGUUGGCCUCAAAUUUUUCAUUGCCAAAUGUGUGCGUGACAAAGCAUUGUCUCUGAUUUAUUUAUGUAGUCACAGUGUCUUAAUGCCAGAGUAUUUUAUGCAGUGCUGCUGUAAGUUUUUCUGUUCUUGAUCCACUUCUUGCCAAAGAUAGCUGUCUCAUCGCAGUGUUUGACUGUACAUGUCAAAGUUGUAUUAGUUAUUAUUUGCAAGCUUUUAAGAAAUAAAUGUUUGAGGUAGAAGUAA